CCUUGGAUCAAAGAAUAUGAGAGAGAGAGAGAGAGAGAGAGGGAGAGAGAAGUGGAUUUGGAUUGAAUGAAAAGGAUUUGGUUUUGAAUUGUUUUUGUAUGAACUCAACACCGCACUGCAUCUAUUGCUUCCUUCUUAAACCCCUUCUUUCCUUCUCCCACCAUGCUAUUCUCUUCACUCGAAGGUAUCCAAACACCACUUCAUAAGCCUUCUUUCUCCUCUUCUUCCUGCUCGUUCUCUUCGGCUGCCGGUAUUCUCCUGAGGAGAAAGUGAAUGGGGGACCAUUUUGUGUUGUUGGUGGACCGCUUGCUCACGGAGUCGACCCUUGAAGCUGCCAUAGGAAGGAUAAAUCAGGGGUCAAACACACCAAUUGCUUCAUUGUCAACAGUGGAGAAGGAAACUGAUCUUUCUCCUAAGAAGAAACAUGUUGGGGAUGGGGUGUUCACUGGUAAAUUGGUCGAGUGCCGAAUCUGCCAGGAUGAGGAUGAGGAUGCUAACAUGGAGAUUCCCUGUUCCUGCUGUGGAAGCUUAAAGUAUGCUCACCGCAAGUGUGUGCAGAAGUGGUGUAACGAAAAAGGUGACACCACAUGCGAGAUAUGCCUUCAGCAAUUUCAGCCAGGUUAUACGGCCCCUCCUAAGUUGUUUCUUUAUGGGACUACUCCUAUGAAUUUCAGGGGAAACUGGGAGAUUUCAAGGCGGGAUAUCCACAAUCAUCAAUAUAUAACAAUGACCCAAACUGACCGUGCUUUUCUGGCAUCCAGCUACUAUGACCAUGCAGCUUCAAACACUAGAAGCAUAAUGUAUUGCCGCACAGUGGCUGCCACAUUCAUGGUUAUUUUGGUUCUUCACCAUUCUCUCCCAUUUAUCGCGGGUGGAGCUGAGCAGUAUUCGAUCCCGCUUUUCACACUGUUGCUCUUGAGGAUUGCUGGCAUCAUCCUACCUCUCUACAUUAUGUUGAGAGCACUUACCACAUUUUACCAACGGCAACAACUGCAGGAAAUGCAAGAAUCUUCUCUUUCAGCAUCGGAAAGAGAGGAUGAGCAUCUGCACCCUUCUUCACAAUCGACUCAACCUCCAUCGCAUCUUAUCCACAUUCAUUAACCGAAAUGCCUUUGGGCACAUAAGUUAGUCCUGUGAUAUUCUUGUUGUAUCUCUGGUGAUGCAAAAAACUGUCGGUUUUGCUCAUUCCCAAACUGAAGAAGGAAAAUGGAAUAAAACAGAAGAGAGGGAAAAACUUAAGUCCCGCAGCUAGUAAAUUUACCACCGAAGCUUCAUUUAGUUUCCAGGAGCUUUAUAAUACUUGCAUAGCAAAGAGGUAUCAAAAACUGUAAAUAGUAUGUUAGGUAGUUUCACCCAACAUAAUGGUGCCACUCUCUUCGAGUCCAUGAAGAUGAAGUGUGGUUAUGUAUGUGAUGAAAUGUAUGAAUUGGCUACACCCUUAUAAAUGUUGUGUUCUUGUAAAUAAAGUCACAAUCUAUUCAAUUA